AUGCGGUCUUCGAUCAUCUUCUUCGUCCUGGUUCAGGUGUACCUUGGAGGUGCAUCCCUUCACCACAAGAUCACCUACAAGAGCUUCCACGAUGGGUUGCGUGAGUGCGCCGAGUACUACGAAAUCUCCAACUGCACGCUGGACAAGUACAUCGCGGAGUCGUACCCGAACAUCGAACCCGUCCAGCGGUUGAUCCACUGCACGCUGCACAACCUGGUCUCGUGGACGGAUGGAAAAGGCGUCAAGGAGCACGUGUUCCGUAACUUUUUCGUACCGGCCGUCGGCGACACGUGCUACGCAAACAGGACUCGGGAGUGCAUCCGCAGCGUUUUUCACCGUCUGGAUCACGGAAAUCACUUUGCCAGGGCGUACGAGACGUUCCAGUGCUACUACCAUCAGUGGGGAAACAUCUCUCCGAAGAAGCAAUUCAUCCCGCGGACCGAGUACGAUUUUGACACGCUGCUUCUGGAAGUGAUCCAGUUCCGACACGUUCCGGAGUGCGAGCUCAUCGAGUACAGCAAGGGCAACGUGCUGGAUCAGCCCAACUUUGCGCCUGGUUACUUGCUGGGAUCCGUCCGCGGAGGAUACUACUCCCUGAAGCACGGAAUCAGCCUGGAGAACCUCUACACCCAGUUCGGAUGUCCGGAACUGCUGACCAAGGAGCUGAAACAGUGCGUUGAAGGUGUCGUGAAGCAGUACUGCGACGAUAGUCACGAGGUGAAACAGUUUGUGACCUUCAAGAACUGUCUCAACUCGGUGAUCCCGUGGUACUCUCGGGUGGUAGCGGUGUCCAAGGAGAAGCUGUACGGGAAGGCACCCUGCAAGAGCUGUGUCGCAGCCAAAGAGGUUCCGUACGUGGUGCACCAUGUCCCCGCAUCCGUCGGUGCCGCUCCAAAACCGUACUAUAACGUAGAUCACUGA